AUGUUGGACCUUUCAAAAAAUGAAUCAAUUGCGGAAACGUCUGUACGUAAAUAUCAAGAUGAUAGUGAUUUUGCUGAAGCAUUUAAAAAUUUACUACGACCUGUCGAUACACUCGCAAAGAAAAAACAUAACGAACCUCUUAAAUAUGAUCUUAUCAAGGAACUGGAUUCGUUUUUGAUUCACUUGAGAGUAGAUACUGAUCUAGGAGGUUCCUUAGUAUUUGUAGAAGCUGCAUUAAUGAUUCAAAAUGUCAUACUUAUUUAUCAAAAAAGAGUUGAUGAAUUAAUUGAUGUCAUGAUGAAACUUAUUGGGAAAUUCCGAGCUUACCGAAUAAAUGACAAUAUUGAUAUAGAUUUUGAUACAGAGAACGAAGUAGGAAAUAAAAAAAAAAAGAAAGAAAAAAAGGUAAAAUUUUAUUCUUCUUUUGAACCAAUUAAAGAACACACCAUUGGAACACUGAAAAAAUAUGACUGCAAAGUAAUAAAUUUAAGUAAAAAACCACCAGUACAAAAAAUUGUACUCAAUGCUAAUAUAAAAGUAGAUAACAAGUACAGUAAAAUAUUGCCUUAUAUCUGUAUUGGAAAUGGAGAUAAUAUUGGAAAGAAAUAUGACUAUAUGAUAAAUUUUCCUCUAAAUCGUGAUUUGGCUGUAAAUGAGGAAUUUGAUUGUCCCACUAAUGAAGAUCCAAAUUCUGCAACUCCUCUCAAUUAUCGAAAAAGCACUGACCCACUACCAAUGAAUUUAAUGGAAGUUGAUGAUGACAUCGAUGAAGUAUUUCCAAGUACUCCCGACCCAGUAAUUUUUGAUCAGACAGUUAAUGAAGAAAUUCGUGCCACUAAUGCAGUUGCAAUGUUACCAGAUCUAGGAAAUGUAUUGAAUGUUAGCCAAGUACCACAAAAUACUGAAGAUAUAUGGGAUCCAAUUUCAAAUUCUAAUGAUAAUAAUUUUGCAGACAAACCUUUAGUGAAGAAAAAAGGAUCUAAAAAAGAAGAUAGUGGAAUCUGGUUACCAACAUAUACUGUAGCAGAAUUAACAUGUCAAUUGUUUAAAUUAAAAUCUGGUUUAUAUGUUGAUAAUGUAUUUCGACAACUUAUCCAUGAUGCACUGGAAGUUCAAAGAUCUGAAAUAGCUAAACUUAAAAAAAAACGCAUGAUAGAGGAAGAAAAAGAACGAUUUGACUAUCAUGAUAAGGAAAUUGAAGAAAAAUUGAAAAAUGGUGAUGAACCAGGAUUUAUAGGCUUUGAAAGUCCAAUUCAUGAUGACAAUGAUUUAUUCGGAAAUGUUGACGAACCGGAAAAUGAAGAACCGAUGGAGGACGCCAAUAUUGAUAAUUUCCAAUCAUAUCAGAAAAAUGCAAUAGAUAUGCAGAAACAUGAACAAAAUCAAAUUGAAAUGAUGAAUGAACAACUAAAAAUGCGACAACGAGUACAGGAAUGGCAUAAUAACCUGCGUCCAAUUUUAGAAGAAGAAGAAAAAAGAAUAGAAUUUGAUGUACAUGAAUAUGGAACACGUAUACUGAGCUGCUUUGAAUUUAUCGGUGAAAAAAAAUUAUUUGGAGAAUUAGUUGGUGGACUAGACAAAGAAGAAGUUGCUCGAUAUUUUUUGUCUUUAUUAAUGAUGGUUAACACUUAUAAUUUGGAAAUAUCAAAUGACAUUGCCGAGAACGAUAUAUCAAUUACACUUUUAAAGAAGGAAAGACAUCAUGAAGAACUUCAAGUUAAUAUUGGUAAUCAAGUGAAUCAAGAACAAAAUUGA